CACAACUCUUCACUUUCAAAAAUCGUCUGUGUGUGUAGCUGUCCAUACAUAUACAUAAUAUACUAUAUCCCAAGAACCAAAUUCAGUCCUUGAAUUCGAAUUUCGUUGAUUUUGGAAAAUGUACCGAUGCGGUGAUUUUGAUUCCGAUUUUGCCCUUCUCGAGUCUAUACAUCGUCAGUUGGUCGACGAAAUCGAAGCUCCGGCUACCAAAUCCGGCGACACCUCGGCGGCUUAUUGCCGGAGUAACAGCUUGGGUAGCAGCUUGUUCCCUUGCUUGACUGACAACUGGGGUGAGUUGCCUCUCAAAGAUAACGAUUCCGACGACAUGGUGGUCUACAGCGUCCUCCGCGACGCUGUCAACUUCGGGUGGCUUCCAUCGCACUCGGCGAAGACCGCCGCCGUUAAUCCGGAUCCUGAGGAGACUGCGGUCUCGCCGGAGAAAUUUGCGGCUACGCAGGCGAAGGGGAGGCAUUACAGAGGGGUGAGACGUCGGCCGUGGGGGAAGUUCGCGGCAGAGAUUAGGGAUCCGGCGAAGAACGGGGGUCGGGUUUGGCUGGGGACAUUUGAGACGGCUGAGGACGCCGCCUUGGUUUAUGACCGGGCUGCUUAUCGCAUGCGCGGGUCACGUGCUCUGCUCAAUUUUCCGCAUCGGGUGAAUUCCGGUGAGCCGGAACCGGUGAGAUUUACGUCUAAGAGGUCAUUGCUGGGGUCUUCUUUAACCGCCUCAUCAUCGGUGGAUGAUGGUUCGCCCAAGCGGAGGAGGAAGAUGGUGGUGGGCUCGGCGGAGAUGGUGGUGGGACAAGUUGGGAGUAGUGGAGGGAGUAGAGGUGGACUACAUGCCAUAGUUGGUAAGGUGACUGUAUAGGCUCUCUCUUAGACUACUCUAAAAUGCCACUGUAUUUUGAAGAGCACUAAAGAUGAUGGACUUUACCAUCGUCAUACACGAUUUCAUAAAAAAAAAUUAAAAAAAAAAAAAAAAAAAAAAAAAAAAGAAGAAGAAGAAAAUAUUAGGGGCUGUUUGCGAUUGUAAAUACAUGAUUUUGUUAUUAUUUUUUGAAUCAGAUUUUUUUUUUUUCUUUUUUCCAAUGAGAAUUUUCUAUUGAUUUCGUCUCA